UUUUUAAUUAGGGUUUCAACUUUUAAUUUUAAUUUUACUCUCUCUCUCUCUCUAAAAUCAAAAUUAAUUAUUUCACUCUUUACAUUCACUUCUCUCUUUCAAAACCAAAUUCCAAUUCCACGGCCCUGCAUUUUAUAUAUCCAACAGUUGAAUUGCUGCCAAAAUUGUGUAUUUUUGCUUCAGUGGAAAAUCAACAUGCAAGGUGAGUCGCUUAAUCGUCUUUAAAAUUUGGUUUUAGAAGGUUGGUUGUUAUGGAUGUCCAUGUCGUUGAUGAAGACGAGGGGAUGGGUCGCCGUGUGAUGGCUUAUGAUGGGGAUGCUGAAACAAAUGAAGGUGGAGAAUCAAAUAAUGCAGAGAAUUCCUCGGCACAUGAUGACGAUGGGGCAAUUGAGCCUCAUGUAGGUAUGCAGUUUGAUACCGAAGAUGCUGCUAAAGCUUUCUAUGAUGAAUAUGCAAGACGUGUGGGUUUUACCUCCAAAGCGGGUAAUACAAGUCGCUCUAGAACUGAUGGGACAAUCAUUGCUCGGGAAUUUGUUUGUGGAAGAGAGGGCUUUUUGAAAAGAAGGUCUGCUGAUAGUUGUGAGGCAAUGCUUAAGAUAGAGUUUAGAGGUCAAGAUAAAUGGCUUGUGACAAAAUUCAUAAAGGAUCAUAGUCAUUCUAUUGUCAGUCCCAGCAAAGUGCAUUACCUUCGACCCCGUAGACAUUUUGCUGGUGCCACAAAAAGCAUCACUGAAACUUACCAAGGAGGUGGAAUAGUACCAAGUGGUGUUAUGUAUGUAUCCAUGGAUGGAAACCGUGCAACUGGAGAAGCAAAUCGCGGUCUUAGAAAUGCUUCCGUCACAGAAUCUAAUCGUCCUAUCAAGAAUGCUACUACAUUCAGUUUUUCUGUUAGACCCAAUACACAAAGGAGGAUAUUAGGGAGGGAUUGUCAGAAUUUAUUAGAAUAUUUCAAGAAAAUGCAGGCUGAAAACCCUGGUUUCUUUUAUGCUAUACAGCUUGAUGAAGAUAAUCGCAUGGCCAAUGUCUUUUGGGCUGAUGCUAGGUCAAGGACAGCAUACAGCCAUUUUGGGGACGCAGUUACAUUGGACACAAACUACAGAAUCAAUCAGUUCAGAGUGCCAUUUGCUCCAUUCACAGGAGUUAACCAUCAUGGUCAAGCAAUUUUAUUUGGCUGCGCAAUACUGCAAGAUGAUUCUGAGGCUUCCUUUAUUUGGCUGUUUAAGACAUUUCUUACGGCAAUGAAUGAUCGUCAGCCCAUUUCCAUAAUGACUGAGCAAGAUAGAGUCAUAAAGAAUGCUGUUUCUAUGGUGUUUCCAGAAGCCCGUCACUGUAUUAGCAAAUGGCAUGUCUUAAGAGAAGGCCAGGAAAAACUGGCUUAUGUUUGCCAUGCUCAUCCUAAUUUCCAGGCAGAAUUAUACAAUUGUAUCAACUUAACUGAGACCAUUGAGGAGUUUGAAACAUCUUGGAGUUCUAUCAUUGAUAAAUAUGAUCUCAAGGGACAUGAUUGGCUUCGGUCGUUGUAUGAUUUUCGUGCUCAGUGGGUCCCAGCUUUUUUUCGGGAUUCCUUCUUUGCUGUGAUAUCUCUAAAUCAAGGGUUUGAUGGUUCUUUUUUUGAUGGCUAUGUGAAUCCACAAACGACAUUACCAUUUUUCUUUAGACAGUAUGAAAGAGCUAUAGAGAAUUGGUUUGAAAGGGAGUUAGAAGCAGAUUUUGAUACAAUUUGCACCAUGCCAGUCCUAAGGACACCGUCCCCAAUGGAAAAACAAGCAGCAAACCUUUAUACAAAGAAAAUCUUUGCAAAAUUUCAAGAAGAGUUAGUUGAAACUUUUGUCUAUACGGCAAAUAGAAUUGAGGGUGAUGGAUCUAUCAGCACCUUUAGAGUUGCAAAGUUUGAGGAUGAUCAGAAGGCAUAUAUGGUUACAUUUAACUUUCCAGAAAUGAGAGCAGACUGUAGCUGCCAAAUGUUUGAGUAUUCAGGCGUUCUAUGUAAACAUGUUUUGACGGUCUUCACAGUGACAAAUGUUCUUACAUUGCCAUCUCAUUACAUUUUAAAAAGAUGGACAAGAAAUGCGAAAAAUGGUGCUGGACUAGAUGAACAUGGUGGUGAAAUACAUGGCCAAGAAUCUUUGACAUUACGUUACAAUAAUUUGUGUCGAGAAGCCAUCAAAUAUGCAGAGGAAGGGGCAAUAGCUGUGGAUACUUAUAACGUUGCAAUGGCUGCUCUUAGAGAAGGUGGGAAGAAAGUUGCUACUGCAAAGAAAAAUGUUGCCAAAGUUCCACCUCCCAGCCCACAGAUUGUGGGGGCAGGAUAUGAUGACAGGAAAACCUCUAACCAAGCAUCAGAUACAACCCCAUUGUUAUGGCCAAGGCAAGAUGAGGUUACACGGCGGUUUAAUUUGAAUGAUGCUGGUGCUUCAGUUCAAUCUGUUUCUGACUUGAAUCUCCCUCGCAUGGCCCCCGUGUCCCUUCAGCGGGAUGAUGGGCCUCCUGGAAACAUGGCAGUUCUUCCUUGUCUCAAGUCAAUGACUUGGGUUAUGGAGAAUAAGAAUUCAACACCAGGGAAUAGAGUUGCCGUGAUCAACUUAAAGUUGCAAGAUUAUAUAAAGACUCCUGCAACGGAAAUGGAGGUUAAGUUUCAACUGUCAAGAGUAACACUAGAGCCCAUGUUAAGGUCUAUGGCUUAUAUUAGUGAACAGCUGUCUACUCCAGCUAACAGGGUCGCCGUCAUCAAUUUGAAGCUUCAAGAUACAGAAACAACUUCUGGAGAGUCAGAGGUUAAAUUUCAGGUUUCUAGGGAUACAUUAGGAGCCAUGUUGAGAUCAAUGGCCUAUAUACGGGAGCAGCUUUCAAAUGCUGCUGAGCCACAGGCAGAACCUCAAUCAAAGAAGCAGCGGAAGUGAAAAACUGCAAUUGUUGCCAUUUAAUUUUCUGAUGUGCAAUGGACUUCACAUUCAUGGAUUGCAAAGGUGUGUUAAGUCAUCCCUUACAAUGAUAUGAGAAAAGGGAAUCCCCAACCCAAUAAUUCCCUCUCGCAUCUUUGUUCAUUUCAUGCGUCGCCAUCUUCUUUCUCUCCCCAACCAAACACUACCUAUCCCAUAACCCUGUUUAAGCUUGUCGUGUAACAUAUUUGUACAUGUAGUUUGGCGAAUUCGAAAUCAAAGGCAUCAUAGAAUUCCAUAUGAGUUUUCAUCAAUAUAAUUUGCCUCAUCAAUCGUGUUUAUCCUUCCCAUUCUCCUCCAAUAUGGCCAGCCUGCAUGUUUGGGUGUUGUCAUUCUUAAACCAUCAGAUAUGUAAUUUGAUCAAUUCCAAAGGCUUCCUCAUUGGGAAGUUAAAAAGAAGUGGGACAGAUUUUCUUGUGCAAUGGAAACUGUCUGUCUGGUAUGUUCAAUUUGUUUAUUAUAGAGCAUAUUGUUUAAAAUUGUAGGCCAUAUGUAUUCUCAUUGGGAAUGCCUUUGCUGUACAGGCUUUUUUUUAAGUUCAUCAGCUAUAAGUUUGAUCC